AGUUACCGCUUCAAAGUUUAUAUGCCUAUUGAGCAGGCCGUGUCCUUAACUAUGAAGUAUUAUCUACUUUUGUUUUUUACAGCACUUGUAUGUGUUGCGUCCGAAAUUGUCGAUAAUUACAAAUCUUACAAAGAUUAUAAAUAUUACGAAGUGCAUGGUACUCAACACGGUAUAAAAAGAUUAACAGAGGCCCUGAAGAAAAAUGAUGCUUCUCUAGUCUACAGCAGUAGUAAAGAUGUUGCAGAAUUUGUUAUUGCUCCAUCUUUAGUAUCAUUUUUUAUGAAAAUAGUAACUGAAGAAAAUUUAAUGUACAAUAUCUUGUAUGAAGACAUAUCAAAUAUAAUUCAAUUGGAAAGAUCAAUACUUCCCGGGAAAGGAGAUUUUUCAUGGACAUCGUAUUACGAUAUUGAUGAUAUUAACGACUACUUGACAAAUAUGAGCAAGACAUAUCCAAGCUGGUCGGAGCUAAUAGCCGGAGGUCAAAGUUAUCAGGGUCGGACUAUAUUAGGUCUGCGGAUCAAUACUUCACAACGGAAUGCUCCUAAACCUGUUGUCUUCAUUGAAUCUGGCAUACAUGCGAGAGAAUGGAUCGCCCCGGCGACGACGACGUACUUCAUCAAUGAACUACUAACGAGCAAUGACUCGAACAUAACGCAUAUCAGAGAUCAGUUCGACUGGCGUAUCUUUCCCUCGUGUAAUCCUGAUGGAUACCAUCACAGCUAUACUGUGGAUAGAUUUUGGAGGAAAACCUUAUCAAAGUCAUCCAACAGAUGUAUUGGUGCUGAUCCUAACAGGAACUGGGAUUACAAUUGGGGACAAGAGUCUUCAUCAGAUGAUCCCUGCGAUUACCAAAUAUACGCUGGAACGAAGCCAUUUUCAGAAAUAGAAACAAGAUCUUUGUCGUCCUAUAUAAAGGGCAUAGACAACUUGCUGGCGUAUAUAAGCCUCCAUUCAAACGCCGAGAUAUUAUUAGUACCGUACUCCGAUUCCAAUCAACAUAUCGAUAAUUAUGAUGACUUGGUCAAAAUUGGUAAUGUAUCUCUUGAUUAUGGACACGAAAAAAGCAAACAGAAAAGAUACCGCGGACCAGCGACUGCCGCGGAAAUUCUUUAUAAAGCAUCUGGCGGAAGCAUGGAUUGGGUCCGGAGUGUUCUAAACGUUCCUUUAGUUUAUACAUACGAGCUACGGGGGAGGUUAUUUUAUUGGUCACCUGAAAAGAUUCCAGAGCAAGGGGAUGAAGUGACGCAAAUGUUGCUAGGACUCAUGACAGAGGCCUGUAAAUUUGGAUAUUGCUGACUUUUUAAUGGUUUUUAUGUUUUUAUUAACAAUUUAUUUAAUUAAAUACGUGAUUUAUUGGCAUUAAUUUUAC